AGUGCGCGAGUGGCUGCUUGAAGCUGCCUCGUAGGAGCGACCUGUUUGCCGCGAUGUCGGGCACCCGGGCGGCUGUGGCAGCUUCCAACGAUCGCGCCUCUCGCCCUGCCGCCGGCGCUGCUCUCGGCGUCGGUCUGAAGCGGCUGCGAAGCGAGCCGGGCGGCAACCGCGUGACGGUAGUGCUGGGCGCUCAGUGGGGCGACGAAGGGAAAGGGAAAGUGGUAGAUCUCCUCGCCACCGAAGCCGACCUCGUCUGUAGGUGCCAGGGUGGAAAUAAUGCAGGUCAUACUGUCGUUGUUGAUGGGAAGGAAUACGAUUUUCACCUCUUUCCUAGUGGUAUAAUUAAUCCUAAGGCUGUUUCUUUUAUUGGUAAUGGUGUGGUUAUCCAUUUACCUGGCUUAUUUGAAGAAGCUGAAAAAAAUGAGAAGAAAGGAUUAAAAGACUGGGAGAAAAGACUUAUAAUAUCAGACAGAGCACAUCUUGUGUUUGAUUUUCACCAAGCAGUUGAUGGUCUUCAAGAAGUACAGCGUCAAGUACAAGAGGGGAAAAACAUUGGCACGACAAAAAAAGGAAUUGGACCAACUUAUUCUUCCAAAGCUGCACGGACAGGACUUCGGAUAUGCGAUCUUCUUUCAGACUUCAGUGAAUUUUCAUUAAGAUUUAAAAAUUUGGCCCACCAGUACAAGUCAAUGUUUCCUUCUUUAGAAGUUGACAUAGAAGGACAACUAAAAAAACUAAAGGGAUAUGCUGAAACAAUAAGACCAAUGGUCCAAGAUGGAGUUUAUUUUAUGUAUGAAGCACUACACGGCCCUCCAAAGAAAAUUCUGGUGGAGGGGGCCAAUGCAGCACUGCUGGACAUUGAUUUUGGCACAUAUCCUUUUGUGACAUCAUCAAACUGCACCGUGGGUGGUGUAUGCACUGGGUUGGGCAUUCCUCCUCAGUAUAUUGGAGAAGUUUAUGGAGUAGUAAAAGCCUACACAACAAGAGUAGGAAUUGGAGCCUUUCCAACUGAACAAAUAAAUGAAAUUGGAGACCUUUUACAGUCACGAGGUCAUGAAUGGGGUGUAACUACAGGCAGGAAAAGACGUUGCGGCUGGCUAGACCUUGUCAUUUUGAGAUACGCUCAUAUGAUCAACGGCUUUACUGCUUUGGCAUUGACAAAACUCGAUAUUCUGGAUGUCCUUGAUGAAAUCAAAAUUGGUGUGGCUUACAGGCUAGAUGGGAAAAGAAUUCCAUACUUUCCAGCUAAUCAGGAAAUAUUACAAAAAGUGGAAGUGGAAUAUGAAACAAUGCCAGGUUGGAAAACUGACACAGCUAGUGCCAGAAAAUGGGAGGACCUUCCAUCUAAGGCACAAAAUUACAUUAGAUUUGUGGAAAACCAUGUUGGUGUAUCAGUUAAAUGGGUUGGAGUUGGAAAAUCAAGAGAAUCAAUGAUCCAGCUCUUUUAACGGCCCAUAGAAGAGCUGCACUGAGAAAGGGUUCGCCUAAUCUUUUCUGAUCCCAGACUAAGAUGAAGAUAUUUUUAAAAUCAAAAUAACCUUCCUAGACUAUCAUUAGAAAAGAGCAUUUUCUCUUAUUUUAAAGUAUUAAAAUGGUUUGGAAACUAUAUAAAAAUAAUUGGAGUGAAUUAGUUGAGGAGAACCUUAAGAUGUAUAUAACUACUAAAACUCUUCUGUUUGUUGUAAUCUUCAAUUGGGUGAAAUGGUGCCUUGUAGGGCAACCAUUUUUUAAUCAGUGUACUUUAAGUGGAUUAACUUAAAGAAUGCAUCGGGAGAAGGGCGGUAUAAAAAUUGAAAUAAAUAAAUAAAUAAAUAAAUAAAAUAAAUAAAUAAAUAAAUAAAACCCAGAACCCAUUACUUCCAUGGAACUGAAAUUUGGAAACCUGUGGCCAUUUCAGUGCCACUACACUGUCGUGGUCAGUUGAAACCACAUAAUCAUUGUUUCCAAUGCUCCCUGCUAACUUCCCACAAGGAAAAUCAGUAGGACAUUAGCAAGUAAUUGGAAGUCACUCACACUCCAACUACAUUUUUACCUGCCCGUGAUCAUUCUGUUUUUCUACUAGUAAAGAAAUAUCUCUGGAAAAAUAACCAGUGGGUCACGGGCUGUAUAGUAACUUUUUAAAAGUGUCAAACUCGUAUGAAACGGCUAUCGAAAACUAUCUUUCUACCAUAGUGUUCUCAUUCGUAUGUCAGGAAAUGGUGAGAUGUGCAUAUACUGUAUGUUAUUGAAAACAAACUGCCUAACGGUGCACUGAAAAGAUAGAACUAAGCAACUCCUUUUAAGCCUGGGAGCCAAAGCAGAAUUAUCUUGGAGUCUGCAUUUCUUAUAAAUAAACAUUCUUCAGAUAUCAAAACACAAAGGGAAGGGAAAGAGGUUAUGUCAUAGAAGAAGGAGGCAAGGAAAUACUUGAAGUCAUUUGUUGGCAGUGGUCAGACUGGAGUGGAGACAGCUGUUAGAACCUAAGAUAUAGAACUUCCCUUCAUUCAAUAUUUUCUGGUAGUGUUCCACAUGAAGCCCUCAGAAGUUCUGUACUUUUAACUCAUUAUAUGUUAGGCAAGAAAACAAAGAAAAGGCAAAUAAACAAACUUAUAGCAAUGAAAAUGUAUUUUAAAAGACAAUAGCAAAAUAUUAUCUUGCUGUGUAUCACUGUGAAAACACCACCUGUAACUUCACUUUUUUUUACUGUGUUCUCAGAUCAUAUUUUUCACUAUUGCUUCAUACUGCUCACUUGGCUUUCAGCAGAAUAUAUUUUUCCAUCAGUCUUCAGAGAAUAAGAAAUUUAGAACGUUAGUCUAUCAAAUUCUGAGUAAUAAACUAUUCUGGAACAACCUUUAAAAACACAGUUGACUAUUGACAACAAAAUAAGUAGCAUAUGCAAAGGAAGUGUUCUGGUUGUGGAUCUGGCAGCAUGUCUACAUUUAUACAAUUUCAAAGUAGCAUUCCUGAGAAACUGGGGCUCACUUUCAAUCUUUUAUGAUGUACCCUUCAUUGAAAUAGGAAACAUGCAGCAGAGUGCCAAAUGCUGCUCUUUUAAGAUCACUAUUUUCAAUAACAAAGGCAGUUGGGAAAUGAAGAAGGGAAAACAUUUUCAGAAAAGAAUAUAGCAUAUGUUGUUUUUUGUUGCAUUUGCUAUUUGCUGAUUUUUAUACGCCACCCAGACUCAUGCUGUCUGAAUUAGGUGGCAAUAUUAAUGCUAUAAAUAAAUAUAUGACAUACUUGUUAGCAUACUUGACUGGGAUUUGAAAAAUUGUUAGUUUGUGUACUGCCACAUCAUAAAUGUCUGUUUUGCUAGUUAGGAGUAGGAGUAGGACCACAAUCAUCAUAGGACUUAAUAGCAGUUCCUAUAUGGAUGCUGGUAUCUUGGGCACUGAUUGCAUAUGCUAAAUGCUAACUAGUCCCUUAGUUAAGAUGUUACACAAGUGAGUAUAAGUAUUAAAUAGUCUAAAGAGUUUGAGUGAGAACACGUUCCACAUGGCAAGUGUUCUACCCUGUUUUCCACUGUAGCUCUCACAUGUUAGAUAAUGUACAGUAAAAUCUAACUCUUUUGGAAUACUUUGUUCCUAAUUUACUGGGAAUGUAGUCUUUUUUUGGAAAUACAAAAGAUGACGGAAAUUCUCUUUUCUGCUGAUCAGUAGCAGUUUUGUAUAUCGGCAAUCAUUGACUUAUAAGUACAACUGGACCAGAAUCCCAGUUUGCAGUCCUGAGGGAAGCGGUCAUUAAAAGAGAUGCUCACAUGACUACUUUGCUCACUGACUGCAAUCCUGGCUGCCCUAAUUAUGAUCAUUAAGCAACUGCACAGACCAUUAAACAGAGUACCAGAGAUGGGGCCCACUCCACCAUGCCCAGGAGACCCAGGCCCUCCCUGCCUCACCAUGCCUGCGUCCAUAUUUUUUUUUUCUUUUUUCUGUAGCUUCAGGCAUACCAAGUCGAUGCAAGGAGGGGCAUUUCUCCUGAGACUGCCCUGCGUCAUUCUGCAUACGGACCCCAUUCUCAUAAUCUUUGGAUAGCUCCAUCUGCAAAUCAUGCACUUUGGAGGAGACUUCCAAACAAUCACAAGAAUGAUCAUGUUUGCUAGCCUUCCUAAGCAUUUCAGCCCUCCUAUGGCUAGACAGCUAGCAAAUGCAUGGUUCUGGAACUUACAUCUCUCUCUAGUCUUCAGAAUGGUGGCAAAUCCUAGAAAGAGGGCUAGAAGACUAGCAAAUGCCAUAGUUCUGAAGGCUAAACAAUUUUCUAGCCUUCAGAACUGAUAGUGUUUGCUAGUUUUCGAAUCGGCAUCCACUGAGAAAAAGGCAAAAGUGAAGUCAUGAUGUCAUAGUUCAAAUGAUACACAUUAUAUAACUUACACCAUUUUCAUAAUGAUAUGGCACUUAUCAUCAUGACUUGUAUUUGAUAUAUAUGCUUAGUCAAUACCUCUGCCUCACUUUUCCCUAUAUUAGUACGAUCAGGUAUUUUCUAGAGAAAAUAACCCAUCCUUAAGGCCCAAGAAAAAUAAAGCCACACCCUAAAGAGCUUUGCUCUUGGAUUUGCUGCAAUAUAAUGUUCUAAAAUUUCCUAUCUGUUGUUUAAUAAGAAUCCCAUGUGCUUUGCCUUGUCUUUGUAAAAAUACAUUCUCUUCUCUAGGCAAUGUUAACAAGAGGUCAGUGUUUUCUAAAUAACUUUUUAAAAAUGAUUUGGUGCUGCCCUAGAAGGAACACCAUUAAUCAAUUUGCAUUUCAGAUAGAUUUUUAGUCCUGUCAGAAAUGAUUCAAGACUUUCCCUCAACCUAAAAAUCUCUGCACAUACUAUCUGACCAAAGUUUACCAAAGUGGCCUUUACUCUACAUUACAUAUCCAUAAUACGUUAUCAGUUAUUUGCUCACUACAUUUAAUUAUUUGUUUUCUGUAUCUCUUUAAAAAGUCUAGCUUUGUAACUGACAUGUCUUUGCUGUAACUUUUUGUUCAGCAUGACAUUUUUCCACUGCCCAGCUGUGCAUUUUCUCUCAAGUAAGCAUCUGUUGCAUGGAAAGCUAGCUAUAAGAACUUACAGUCCUGCACAUAGGCAGCUUAAUUUCUUUAGCACCAGAAACCACUGGCAAAUACUUCCACACAGUUCCCAUCUAUAUGAAUGGGUGCUAGGCAAGAACCCUUUGUUAGCUCCCAUUCAUGUCAGUGGAUCUUCCUUAGGCCUCUUAGUUUGCACUUGUUUAAAUCAAUAUUCAUAGAGAAUCUAUUAACUUGGGCAUAUUUUAACAGAAAUCUUUGUUCCCAUAAAAUAGCAUCAAAUGAAAUUAAAUAUUUAGUGGUCAGGAUUUGUUAUACUAUAAUUCAUCCUUCAUGAAAAAUAUAUAUUGUAUUUUGACUGUUUCCUAGGAUAUUGAAGCUUCAUGUGAAAUUUAGUACAACUUUAGUAUGCUGUUUAAAUGCAAUUGUUAUCUAAAAUACAUUAUGACUCAAUGUGGGGAACAGCAUGAUAAGACACUGAAAAUGUCUUAACUGUACAUCAGGCAGGAAUAGGUCAGGUUUUGGGCCUAAUAUUUUUAUGAUGCAUUGUGCCACACAAUUCUUGAUAUAGAAAGUAUAAACCAGAUGAUCAAAAUGCACUAAAACUGUUCUCUUGAUUAUUUUGUAUAUUGUAAAUGGAGCUGUAUUUAUCUUACAGCUCUUUAUUUACUCAAUAAAGCCUUAUAAGAAAGUAA